UGUUCACAAAUCAGUGCAUCCAGAAGCGGUGUGUACAUUGUAGAUCCGUGGUUUAUGUUGAUUGAUUAGGAUGAUGGUUGACCGAUUCUUACCUUUAUACAAUGUCUGAGAUAGAUGGCUGUGUGACGCUUUCAAAGAGAACAGGAAAAAAUAUUGGUGCGAGCUACACACUGCCAUAGGACGAGACAAAGAUGACAGGACAAGUAUUAAUUACUGCAUUAAUUGUCAGUCUGGCCACUCUCGUUAGCGUCGUAGAUGGACAGUUCUCGACAGGGCACUCACACCAUGGCAGAGGAGAUAUCCGUUGUAUGUAUUGCACGCCAGGCACGUGUGACAACGUUACCAACACGUGCACCAGCUGCCUUGACGGUUUCUAUGGAGAUAUGUGUAAACAAACAUGUCCUAACACUUGCAUGUCCUGUGACAAAGUUAGCGGCAAUUGUCUGAAAUGCAUGAACGGAUUUUUUGGUGAGGGGUGCAACAAGGAGUGCCGUCAAUGUGACACGUGCGACAAAGUCACCGGGGCAUGCACCUCGUGCUGGUCCAACAACUGGGGAGAAAACUGCCAGAACACGUGCGAAGAAACGUGUCAACGAUGUAAUGUUGCGACAGGAGAAUGCCAAUACUGCGCCACCGGUUUUUACGGAGAAGGGUGCAAUCUAAUGUGUGAUUACUGUCGGCAGGGUAUGUGUGAUCGAGACUUGGGGAAGUGCUCUUACGGAUGUAACGAUGGGCGAUACGGCGAAAAGUGCGAACUGUCGUGUCCUCAGAAGUGCCGAGUCUGUAACCAAAAUGAUGGACGGUGCAUGAUGUGCGAACCUCCCCUGUGGGGAGAAUAUUGCGACAGCAGGUGCCCGGUCAACUGCGAUUUCUGCAAUAUCACGACAGGUGAAUGCUUAGAGUGCAACCCUGGGUUUUAUGGUGAAAAAUGUGCUUUGAACUGUCACAACUGCAUGGACGGCUAUUGCGAAAAAGAUACAGGUUACUGUCAAGGUGCUUGCCUGGAUGGCUGGUUUGGUGCCAAGUGUGAUAAAAAAUGUAUGAAGCAUUGUCGUCGUUGUGCUGAAGAAAACAAAUGCAUGCUAUGUGAAAAGGGAUUGGCAGGUGAAAACUGUGACGUACAGUGUCCAACGCGGUGUCCAACAUGCGCAAAUGAUAUACUCACCGGAAAUAUUAUGUGUCUGGAGUGUGGGGGCGAUUUCAAAAUUCCUGAGAAAAACUGCUCGUGUACAAAUACUAAAUGCACAAAAAUUACGGAAAUUCGAGGAAAAGGAUUUGCUUGCGAAAGGUGUGCAGAAGGGUGGUAUUUAAGAGAUGGAACCUGCUGCCCAUGCCAUCAUUGCGCUGGUGGAAACCAAUUCUGCGAAAAGAACGGAAACUGCAAAAAUGGUUGCGAACCGAAGUAUUUCCCCGCCACCGAAGGUUGCGACCAGUACUGCGAUAUUCCGCACUGUACUUGGUGCGAAUCCUUUUAUGGACAUGGUAAAAUAUGUAAGGGCUGUGACGAGGGGUAUUUCCUGGAGAGACAUGGGUGCACUCCAUGUAGCUCAUUUUGUAAAGGCGGUUCACUGAGGUGCAAUCAGAUGACGGGAGUCUGUCUCGAUGGCUGCAAGAGCGGAGGGUACGGUGAGAAAUGCGAUUCUUCUUGUCCUGACAAACACUGUCCUCAUCUUGUUUGUGAUAUCAAGAACUGUGACGUCUGUGAAAAGUCCAUGUCUUCUGCUGCAAAAUGCAGAAAGUGCAGGGAUCGGUACUACCAAUCAAACGGCAAGUGCUUAGCAUGUAGUCCUAAUUGUGAAGGAACAAAAGGUCUUUGCGACAGCAUAACUGGAAAAUGUCUGGAAGGAUGCAAGAUGGGCUGGACCGGAGACAAGUGUAACGUAGAGAAUGUUAUAAGAAUAGAACCAAGCGUCAAAAUCUGCAGAGGAAACUGUUUGUCAUGUGACUCUAAUACUGGGGAGUGUGCAGCUUGUGUUGCGGGGUCGUGGGGCUCGCGUUGCAAUAAAAUAUGUCCCGAAAACUGUAGAACGUGUGAUCACAAGACUGGAAAGUGUGUCGUAUUCUGUAGCAAGAACUGCAAGCGGGUCGGAAACGAACUUUUGCCUUGCGAUAGCAUCACAGGCGAGUGUUUGUAUGGGUGUGUUGAGGGAUGGAUGGGGGAGACAUGCAGGUACAAAUGUCCUGAUAACGGGAAGUGCACGAUCACCAGGAAACCCGUGUUUGAAACGGUUUACUUCAGAAAGUAAUGAAUUUUUUUUGGUAAAAAAUACUUUUUGUACAAUCAUUUUAUAUUUUUGUAUAUCUGCGUUUAACGGUACGCUUGAUCGUAAAUUAAGAAGUUUUGUGAUGUACUUAUUCAUAUAUUGAUGUAUUUUCAUGUAUUUCUUAGUAACUGUGUUACUACAUGGUACUUGUAAUAAUAUAUCUGAUUCAUUAAAGGAUUUA